ACAUUUUGUUAUAAUGAUUAUAGUAAUCCUUAUCGUCAUCGCCAUCAUUAUUGUAAUACUCAUAGAGAUAAUCUUACGCAUAAUAACUGUCACAUUUAUAAUCAUAAUCGUAGUCAAGAUCAUCAUCAUGAUAAUUAUAAUAAUCGAAUCAUACUCGUAAUCAUACUCAUACUCAUAAUCAUACUCACAAUCAUCAUCAUCAACUUACUCACUAUCAUAAUCAUAAUCAUUAAUAUACUCAUAAUAAUAAUCAUACUCAUAAGCACAAUCAUACUCGUAAUCAUAGUCGUGGUCAGAGUCAUAAUCAUACUCAUACCCAUAAUCAUAGACAUAAUCAUACUCAGACUUAUAAUCAUUAUCUUACAUAGUCAUAAUCAUAAUCGUAGCCAAAAUAAUAAUCAUAGUCUUAGUAAUACUAAUAAUCAUAAUCAUAAUAACAAUCAUAAUCAUACUCAUACUCAUAAUCAUACUCAUACUCAUAAUCAUAAUCUUACUCAUAAUCCCAAUCAUAAUCAUAAUCAGAAUCAUAAUCAUACUCAUACUCAUACUCAUAGUAAUACUCAUACUCAUAACUAUACCCACACUCAUAAUCAUACUAACAAUCAUAAUCUUAGUCAUAAUCAUAACCUUUAUCAGAAUCAUAAUCAUA